GUUCCCGUGUUUGGCUGGUGUCACGUUCGUUGCAUGCGUACUGUGCAUUUUCCGGUGUAGCGUGAUAAAGUGAAGACAGUAGAAUGAUCUAGACUCUUCGCAAAAAUGCUUGGUAUAAUUGUAUCUGGUCGAUUUGUACAAACAGAUUUCCAGCAAAUAGGAGAUAAUCAGUUUUUGAUAACAGUACCUGAUGCGGAUAACAUAAAUCAUAUUGUGAUAUUCCUUACAGGUGUUGUACCAUUUCCUGAUGGAGCAGGUGGUGCAGUAUAUUUCAGUUGGCCGGAUCCAACAGCCCCACCAAAUUGGCAAUUUCUGGGAUAUAUCUCGAAUUGCAAACCAUCAGCCAUAUUUAAGAUAUCAACACUGAAGAAAAACCAUGAAUUUGAAAAUAGUAAUUUAGGAAUUUUCGGAGUGGGAAAGAUUUCCCAUGUAGCACAAAUAGGAAUUUCAAUUGAGCCUCUUGGAGUCAUAGAGCAGCAAGCAGCUACAGUGUCUCUAGCCAUAUCAAACUCUUUCUUGGAUUUUGUUCAAAAGAUGAUUACCAGCUUUUUGAAUUAUGUAUCAAGUUUUUCAGUGACUCAGGCACAAAUGACACCAAAUCCAACUGAAAAUUUUGUACCACUGUCUACUAUCCAAGGAUGGUAUGAAACUUUUGAGAGAAGGUUGCAGCAAAAUCCAAAUUUUUGGAAAGCAUGAUGGGAAACUGUGAAUAACCGAUUCUCAUUAGUUGAUUUCCAUUUUGCAUUAAGACGACACGCCAAUCUUUAUUGUACACACUUUCUUUCGCGAAAGAAAGUGUAUUGCAUACAUGAAUUACCAUUUUUUAUAUUUUCACCAGUAUGUUAAUAAGAAUAUGUACGAUACUAUCGCGUACUAUAUAUAGAGUUUGCCACCUCUAAGCUAUCGACGCAAUAUCGACUAUGUUUAUAUUGUAAAAGAUAAUUGUAUUUAUGAAUUCUGAAUUUAUUAUUAUCAAUUACACAGCUAGUGUACGGUUUUCGUUGCGAAUGUUCUGCGAUCUAUGAAAAAUGCACUUGCAAUAUUGUAAAAGUAAAACAUAAAUAUUCAAUUUUUGAUAACGCAAAACUAAUCAUAUACAAAUCCAUGAUUAGUAAUUUAGAAAACGUAUGUGUCAGCGUUAAUUUUAUUCGAAUUUCGAUAUAAUUAUCACGAAAAUCUCUAUGGUGGAAACUGCAACAAGUGUAGCAGUAAUGUUUACCAUACAGCUCUGUAUUUUUAUGAAAACAAGGUUACAAUUCAUUGAUGCAUGCUUGCAUAAUAAAAUUCCCUCGA